AGGAGAUGGAGGGGAACAGAGAGGACGGGGAUUCCAAACAGCGCUCCUGAAGGCUGAGUCCUGGACCAGGUGUUCCAAUCAGGUGGGGGUUCCUGGCUGGGGCGCCUCGAGGCCCCCUCCCCAACUCCCCUGCGGCUCGGGCUCCCCCGCGGUCCUGGGUCACAAAGGCGGUUGCCAGGCGCCGGGUGGAGAAAAGAUGCGGCCCGGGAACAGCGGCCGCCACUCUGGAGCGUGCGGCCCGCGGAGUUCAGCAGGACUGUCAAUGGCAGGAUACCAGCUCUGGUCACCAUGGACCCCACUGGAUGAGAGCUUCCAAUGGCUGCGGCAUACAACACCUACACCUUCUUCCAAGCACCCCUUUAGGGCUUGCCCCUGCUUCCCCCACACCCCUUCUGAUCUUGAAGUGCAGCUGUGCUUCCAAGAGGUCACUCUAGUUCUAGACAGUCCAUUCCUGGAGCCUGGGGUGAGUCCCAAGUUGCCCUGCCGCACGUCAGAGCUCCGAACCAUGAACAACAAGAAAGGGCUGGUCAGGAAGCCCCAGCCUGUCUGCCUCAAUGGAGUGGAUUCUGUCUUUGGCAGGGUCAUCACGGCUCAGCCGCCAAAGUGGACCGGGACCUUCAGAGUUUCAGACAAGUCAGCCUUUUGCAAAAUCAUCAGCCGGGAGCACCAGUGGCCCACUGGACUUAAGGAGCCUCAGAUUCAGAUGACAGUGACCAUGUGCAAACAGAUGCUGCGCUCCAUCCUCUUGCUGUAUGCGACGUACAAGAAGUGCACCUUUGCCUUGCAACACUCCAAGUAAAGUGUCCCCAUCUGAUCCCCAUUCCUCACACCACGCCUUCUGCUAUGUGCCUGAAGCGUACAUAGACUUUUCCGUGUAAAGGAAACUGUGUUUGCCCCAGCCAUCUUGCUUUUCAGUCAAGCAGUGACAAUCCAGAGCCCCCCUCCUCUCUUCCCGUCCAAAAAUGGGCCAGUAACGGAGCAAGGGAGAACAUUUCCAUCGUAAAGCUGAACAACCGUUUAGAGUCAAACUAGCACUGACGUGUACAUGUGAUAAAGAACCAUUAAACAAACCACAUAAACCAA